AUGGAAUGCAAAUUAGUUGAAGACUUUCAACAUAAUACGUCUUUGCCACUGCCAACUGUACGUCAAAACUAUAGUUUGUAUUUACCGUUGUCUACUCGACCUGAUUCGACACCGAUGACAAGUUCUCUAAUCAGUGAUCCAACAUCCGCGGUAACUGAUUCUAAACAAGACACUCCACAAAUUUCACACAACAGACGUGAAACACCGGAAGGAUUUACCAUGCCACACAAUCCAGAAAUUAGCCCAAAUCAACUAAAUUUGACAAGUGAAUCAGAGACUUCAUUUUUGUCACUGGUUCCUAAUAAGUUAUUCGAUUUAACAACCCCAACAACCUCUCACUAUAUGCCAGCAGUAAAUAGCAGUGUAAGAAACGCGAAAUCCUCUAUCGACUUUUUAGAGGAUAUGAAUAAUGAAAUUUUAAUGUUAAAUCAAUCAAAAUGCCACACUCCAAUGGUAUUCAUUUCAAAAAAAGCAUCACCAUAUCCAUUAAUGGAAAAAAUUAUUUCUUCUAGUCAAACUGUGGGAUCUUUUGACAGAAAUCAACAAGGAGAUAAUUACGCUCAAUUAGAUGUAAUUUCCGAUAACCAUGAUGUUUUAAAAUGGGAUUAUGCUGGAGAUAUAGCUUCGAAUCAUUUAGGUGUUCCAAGAAUUAUUUCACACUCUAGUCUAUCUUGUCAUCCUGUUAAUUAUGUUGAUUAUGGGAACUAUGAUGUCAAUAUGACAAUGACAUGGCCUUCUUCUAGCCCACAUAUUUCUCCAUCUUCUGGAUAUGGUUAUGCGGUUCGUAGAAAAUAUAACUUCAAUACAAGAAAUAAUUCUAACAGAAAUUGGAAUGAAUCAUCAAAGAUAAAAGGGUUUAAUGAAUUCUCUUCAAUGACAAUCAAUCAUGGUUCAUUUAUAUCUAGUCCAGAUCCUGAAGAUGAAAUACAUAAUUUAUCAUUAAAUAAUUCAAUGAAUCAAAUUAAUCAUUUUAUUGAUCAUUAUCAAUCAUCAUUAAAUGAUUUCAAUAUUGAUUUAUUGGAUCAAGAUCAUAUCAAAUCGAAUAUGAAUACAAAUAGUAGUGAAUUUAGUUUAAAUGAUGAAAAUGAUAAUGAGAAUAUAGAAAAAUUCAAUUUUAAUAAAAGUCAAUCAGUCAUUGAAUUACAUCAUCAUAUUGAUAUGAUUAAAACAAGAACUGGAAAGUAUUUCAAUCAUAAUAAUAAUAAUAAUAAUAAUAAUCUAUUACAUAAUAUAGAUCAGAAUAGAAAUGGAUCAAAUACAAUGAUAUCGAUGAAUAAUGAUUGGUUUAUCAAUCAAUUCUCUAAAUCAUAUAAUCAAUCAAUAAAAACAUUGAAAUCAAUCAAUAUCAAUAAUCGAUUGAUUACCAAUGAUAUAAUGAAUAAUAAUAAUAAUAAUAAUGGUGAUAUAAAGCAUGAUCAUAAUGAGCAGGAAACUUUGGCGAAUUCUUCAGUGCAUAGUAACUGUAGACUUGUGAAGGAAUUAGAUGGAAAUAAUAAUAAUAAUGACGACGAAUUACAGUCACCUUUAGAGGAUAAUCAACAUGAUUUAUCUUCAUUACAAGCUACAUCUGCAUUGGAUACUAUAGAAACGGAUUCUUAUUUACACACAAAUAAUAAUAUACCUAAACAGGAAAUUUCCACAGUUCAACCGUCAACAUGUUCAAAAGACUUGUCUCAAUCACCUUUGAAUAAUUUUAAUGAACCAGAAGAAAUAUGCUAUAUUGUAGAUGGUGCACUUUCAUCAGCACAAGAUACAAAUAAUUACUCAGCUAUUACAACAGUAACACCAUUAAAUGAAAAUAUAUAUUAUCAAAAUGGUUUUGAUGCAGAAUCGGAAGGUUGUAGAAGUAGUGUUAUAAUGGAUGAAAAUUGUGAGAAAGAAAUUACCCCUAAUUAUUAUGAUGCCCAUAAUGAACUUGAACAUUUAUUGAUUAAAAAUACUGAUAUAAAAAUCGAUGAAAUUUCCAAAUCAUUUACACCAUCUAUUCAAAAUGAUAAAGUGUCAAUGAUAACAACAACACCAACAACAGCAAACGGGAUAAGUAUUUGUAAAAGUACUCAGAAUGAUAUGUUAACUACUGAAUGUAAAUGGUUAUCUCAUAAUAUGAAUAUAACAUUAUCUAACGUUUAUCCUACAAUCUUCUCUAAUGGAAUACAAUUAGUUACUCAAUAUACUACUCAUAAUUCACCAUAUAUAAAUUAUACUGCUUCUAAAAUCAAUUCAAACAAUCUACCUGAAUAUAUUCCUUCACAAUAUAGCAAUUUAUCUAUGACUGGAUAUCAUUCUAAUAAUGUAAUACAAAACAUGCCAACCUGUGUCACUGUUUUCAGUCAGACUGACACAACUUCAAUGAAACAAGAACAUUGUCUUUCAUUAAGUUCUGUUGAAAAUAAAGUUCCCCGAAAUAAAUUUAAUGAAACCGAGAUAGUCAGUAGAGAAAAUACUGGUAUACAUAGAAUGUUCCAUAUACCUAAAACUUCUACGAGUCAAACGAUUGAUUUAUCUUCUUUGAAUGUGAAUAAACAGAUCAAAGAUUUAUCUUCAAUAUACUACCAUCAUCAUAUUAGAUCAACUUUCAACAUCAUGAAAAUAACAAAGCCAAAUGAAUAUUUAACAUGUAAAAAUUAUUUAUCUAAAAAUGAUUUUGAAUCAAAUUCAAUUAUAUUAAGUCCUAUCUGUACUAGUCAACCUAUAACAGAUUAUAAUGAUCGAAUAGUUCAAAAUGAUGUUAAUGUAUACAAAGUGAAUUGUGUUCCUACACAUUCAUGUAAUCAUUCAAAAGACAAUGUUAAGAAGUUCGAUACUAAGUUAGUUCAGACCAUAGAUUUUAACGAUCAAAAUGAAUGUACAUGUUAUCACACUUAUAGAAUUCAACCAGGAAUAAAUGAGUCGACAUUAAAUCCUGAAUGGAUUGAACAACUACUUACCUAUAAUACAAAACUUGACAAUAAUCAGAAAUCUUCUCAAGAAUAUAAGAAACAUAAAAUUACACAAUCUGUUUAUAUGACACCAAGAUCAACUCUUAUAGCUCAAUUGAGAUAUAUACUAUUAAAGCAAAAACUUAAAUUAUUACAUACACGAGAUGCUUAUUAUUUAAGAAAGCGUAUUGUAAAUCAUCUUGAAAAGUUUUUAGAUCAAAUAAUUUCAUCAAAUACAUUACCUUUAUCAAAUUCUGUACCGGAUGAUUGGGAUACAGAUACUGAGUCUUUAUUAUCGGAUUUAUUUGAAAAAGAUAACGAUCCUAUAUCGAAUGAGUUAAAUACUGGAAAUAGUCCAAAAUUAAAACCAUCAACACAACAGUGUAAAUUAUUAACUGAUGAACAUGGAGAAAAUGAACAAAUCAAUAAGAAAAUGUUAAACAAACGAUCAUCGUCUUCAUAUGAUAGAGAAAUAUGUAAUAGAAAAGCUCACUUUGAGGAAGCUCAAAAAGAUGUUCAACAGGCUGACAACACAAACAACAAACAAAAACUGUCAAGUAUUUCAAUUGUAGAUGAGACUGAAUGUAAAGAUAAUGAUAAACAAUUCACUGAUAUUAAGAAACAAGCAGAGAAUCAAUUAAGUAAAAUGGUUAUGAAUGUACAUGUCAAUCAACCUUCAUCUUUAUCAAUAUGUAAGAAUUUGAACGAAACUUUAUCAAGGUUCAUUCAUCGUGAUCAUCAUGUUAAAGGUGAAAAAUCAUUCAAAGAUCAUUGUUCCUUAAAUACAAACAUUCGAUUAUAUCCAUCCUCAGAUGAUAUAGUGAAUGGCGUAUGUGCAGCAUUAGGUGGUAUAUCUUGGUUUCAACCUUUCAAUGAUAAUUAUAUAAAUAAAGAAAAACAUCAACCAAUAAGAAACCAUUCAGUGAUCAGACAUACCAAAUUAAAUGAUCAUUUUGAUUUGAAACAUAAUCCAAAAUCAUUCAAGGAAUUUCAUUUGAAUAGUAAACGUUUACAUAUUUUAAACAAACCUAACAAUGUACAUACUUCUAAGAUCUCAUAUAGUAUGGCAACUAAUAACAAAGAUCUAAAAACUGAUCAUAAUGAAGUGAAUGAUAUUUGUUCAUGUCAAUGUUAUAUGGAAGAAUCUCCUGAUAUAAUAAAUGAUAAAAUCAAGAACAAACUGUAA